AUGCCGGGUGGCUGUACAAAUCACUUUCUACGCCACCCACUUAUGUAGAUUUAACUACAAUAAUCCAAAUAGCAUUGGAAAAUGUCCAAAUAGUUAUGUAAUCGGAAAAAUUAAGGAACAAAGAGCCAUUCAGUUGGCAGCCCUGUAACUUAUGCAAGCGUCGCCUGUGAAUGGUAAAUUAGGAAGAAGCAGAAAAUGGCGUUGUCCAUGGCUUCCCUUUUUGGCGACGAUGGUGUGGAUGACCUCUUUAAUGACAACCUGCCGGGGGAUCCGGAUCAGUUGCCCAGCGACGGUGAAGGCGAGAAACUGUUUGCGGACGACGAUGAAAAUGCCGGAGAACAUGGUAGCCAGGAUGCCCAGAAAGUGGAGCCCAAGAAGAGGGCGGUAAGAAAUCCCCGUCCCAGGCUCACGGUAGAAACACUCCGCGGUCCCCGUGGCAUCCAGACCAUCGAGAAUUACUUCAAAGACGUCAAGUUCAGGGGCAAGGGGCAUGAGAAAACCGAUCUCGACGAGGUGCUGCGGCGCCUGCAGCAUUGGGGUCAUCGCAUGUAUCCCACCUACACAUUCGACGAUGUCCUCAACAAUAUCGAGCGGCUGGGCAAGAAAAAGCCGCUCCAGGUGCACAUGGCGCGGUAUCGUCUGGGCCAGCUAGAUGAGAUGCGCGCCCACGAGGCGGAGGCCAUGGAAGAGGCGCAUGAUGAGCAACAGGACCGAGCCGGCGAUGAACCCUUCGAUGAGUUCGAUGCCUUGCUGGGCGAGCAGAUUGCAAUGUCCAGGCUAGCACCCCGCACACCACAUCAGAGGAAAAUGUCCACUGCCUCCAGCAACAGUACGCUGGCCACUCCUUCAUUCUCCCGUGGAAAUGCAGUGAUGUCCACGCCGUACUCUGCAGUGAAUGGAGCCUCCUUCGACCGAAAUGGAGCUGCAGUGGCUCCUACCUUUGACCGAAACGGAGCACCGUUGGCUUCGAUGGAUAUCAGUGAUUAUGGCCAACCACUGCCCCCUUCGCAGCCUCCAACGCCGGCCACUAAGAAACUGUCCACCGAUCAGAUGGCUAGGAUUGCGGAGAACCGAAGAUUGGCUCAGGAGCGAUUAAAAGCCAAGCAGCAGCUAGAGACCCAGAAUCCCAGUUAGAGAAAUGGCCCUAUAAAGCAACGAAUUAAUAUUUAUAGGAUUAGAUUGUUAAUUUUGAUAAGGAUACAUUUUAUAAUAAAAUAUAUUUUAAAUGCUUAUGUUGAAAAUUAAUGAAACUUA